AUGCUCGCUUCCAGCUUAACUAGCAGGCCAAUGUCCCCUGCACUUUCUCCGGUCCAUCGCAGUUCCAUUCCAAUUCCAAGCCGAUUCCUCCAGAGUUAUAAGGGCGAGCAGGCACCGAUGACGCCUGUUAAUCGAAUCACUCUGCCAGUUCCUGAGAAUACUGAACAGAGUAUUACAUCUCCUACUGACACUCUAGAAGUGACUGCACCUGUUAAGCCGGUUCUCAAUGACACCACCCUUGAGCUUGCCCUUGUGAGUGAUACUGAGGAAUUGGAUUCCCCUCUGGACGAAAAAGCGGAUGCAGAAUACAUUACUGGUGGGGGUGUUAAAGUUAAACAGUUGUCUCACACACCUCCUUUCAAAGGGCCACAGUUGCGAAUCUCCCCAGAGGCUGAGAAAAUUAUCAUGGGCGACGAGGGGGAGCCAUCAACUGAGAAGAAAAAGCUUUUAGCCCAUGGAUACCGGCGAUCUGAAAGCCGUCGAGAAUUCAGGAUGUCCACCGACAGUUUGUUUGGUAGCUUUGGAGCGAAGCGAGACCGUAACCCGCGCUCCAGGUCGUCGCUGGGGAAUGCUUCGACUCCAGAACCGGCGUUGAGUGAGAAAUUUGAAGUGCUUUCGAAAGCCAAUAGUACCGAUUCUAACGUCAAAGCUUCAGCGCCACCUGAGAAUGAUUCAGCUUGUAUCAGGUCUUUGGGAAUGGAUGCUAACACGCUACACGCAUCAAAGACUUCAAAUAACCCGUUUUUCAACAAAAUCAUGUCAAAAUCAUCCUCUUUUAUAAUUAAGGAUAAACCCAGAGAACCGAAAUACGGGAACGGCGACUCCUCAUGUGAAAAAGUGUUGAGUCGAACUGAGCAUAUCCGGAAUGAAUUACCCCUAACCGGAAGUGUCUCCAAGGCCAGCCCCUCAGCUACGAAAAAACCAGAAAUCUCCGCGCCCAAACUGAAGCGGACUCCAGACCGUCUGGAAAUCCGAAAGCACCCACAUAUCCUCAAGCGCGAAUCGCCAGGAAGUUCUCGCCUCCACAACGACUCGUCUCACCGCAUCCCAGAUAGACCCGGACUUCGGUAUUUGAACGACCAUAGCUAUCAAUCGAAGGCUAGGGCAACCCGUACAGGCGCGAUGCCACCCAUUGCUCCUCAAGGUCGCAUCCACACUCAGGAUCCUAGUAACAAAGACCGGGCUUCCCAUAGCCGUCACUCACAUGUCCAUAUACCAGCUACCAACUUCCAGGAAUCAGUCAAACCAAAGGCUUCUGGUACGAAAGGAGUGUUGCAAAAUUUCCGCGGCCUUUUCACGAAGAAUAAGCCGGAACAACUGAAGGAAAUCCCACCUUCUGACGUUCCUACCGGUAAUCACAAAGAGAGACUUUCGAGAAAGUCCAAAGCUUCGCUUAAUGGAGGACGUUCAAUUACUAGGAGCCCGGUACGUUAUUAUCAGGCAGUUUUUGGUACCGACCGUGAGGUCCAAGCAUCUCAAGAGCUGCAUGAUGCAAAAAAUACCCCUUCGACCAAUAUUUCACCCACACAAGUUGCUCCUGCCUUUGCGAACACCAGAAACGUCAGUGGGCUAGCAAUAGAAGUCCUUGACUCCGCUCGGGCUGAACCAGAUACCCAAAAGAAAGAGCAGUUGGUUAAACUUGGGCGUAUUCUUAUCGAGGCCGUCAACAACUCCAACGAUGCAGAAAAGGCCAUGAUAACUGCUAUUCAGGCUGCUAAGCAGGCAGAAAUUUCAUGUGCUCUGGCAAAAGAAAAUGCCUUGCAGAUUGGCCAAGUCGCUCGUGAGUGGUUAGGGGGAAAUGCCAAUGGUAUUAGUACCUAG